AUGAAUUGGGUCUGCGACCAAGAAUACCUAGUAGCAGCGGCUCAAUCAAUUUUUUGCAUUGGUUCGAUUUGUGGAAAUUUUCUCUUCGGUUGGAUCUCCGAUCGCUAUGGUCGGAAGAAAGGUUUACUUUGUUGCUCAGCAACGGCAUUUAUUGCUUCAAUUGGAACUGCUAACACCCACAAUUUUUGGUCUUUCGCUCUUUGCCGAUUUUUAAUGGGUUUUGCAUUCGAUAAUAUUGUAAUGAUUCCAUUUAUUAUUGUUUCAGAAUACGUUUCUGCAAAUAAAAGAUCAGAGAUUGGUUGCCUUCUAUUUGGAUUUUGUCUUGGAAUUGGAUUAUUAGUCGUAACCUGGUCGUCUUAUUUAAUUCAAAAUUGGAGACUCUUUGUCUACUUUAAUUCACUGAUAUGCCUUAUUGGUUUUAUCACUGCUCUUCUUAUGCCAGAAAGUGCUCGUUGGUACUUGACGAAAGGCAUGACUGAUAAAAUUCUGAAAAAAUUACGAAGAAUAUCGAAAGUAAAUGGUAAAGUUCCGGAGGAUGAUUUGCUUCUAGAAUCUUUGGAAAACAUAACGAGGAGAAAUAAAAAUGUUGAAAAUGCAACUCUCUUGGAUCUCAGAAGUUCUCCAAGUCUUUCGAAAAAUGUUAUUCUCUUGGCAAUUGUUUUUGCACAGAAUACUUUAACGAUGGACACACAUAUUUAUUAUUCGAAUAGAUACGAAAUGACAAUUUUUAUGUCGUUUACUUGGUUCAGUGUUGAAUUAUUUAUAGCUUCUUUAUUUGUAAGAUUAUUUUCUGUUCGAUGGGGUCUGAGAUUCAGUGGAUUUAUAGGUCUCUUUCUAGCCACAAUUUUUGGUUUUACAUUUGUGUUUACAAAAAAUGAAAUUGUAAAAAUUGUUGCCGGAUCAAUAGGUCGAAUGUGUAUGUGUUUUGUGCAAGUCUUAUACAGUCAAUAUGUUGCCGACUUUUUUCCAACCACUCUCAAGGCACAAGGUAGUGCUUUGGUUCAUUUUGUCAGUGUCCUCAUGCACUUUGUUGCGCCAUAUAUUAUCGUAUUGGCAAGCACUUGGAGAGAAUUGCCGAUGAUAAUAAUUGCAACGUUAACUUUAAUAAAUUCAAUUCUAAUUCUUUUCCUACCUGAAACGACAGGGAAGAAUUUACGUCAAACUCUUCAAGAUGGAGAGAAGUUUUGCAAGAAUAAAAAAUUUUGGCCAAUUUUUGUCUAG